AUGCUGAACCUCAAUUUCCCUCUGCGCGCCUUGCAGGCCGCUCUUGCAAUUGCCACUCUUGGCUUCAAUGGCUUUGUCACGAAAUGGUACCUAGAGCACACCAAACCCUCCAUCUGCCCACAAGCCCCGGUCUUGCUCCUGGUUGUGGGAGCCUUGACACUCCUCUCGCUACCCUACCUGACCUUCAAUGCCCCACUACAAAUCACUCACGCCAACCGCAAGUCAAAUCCUCGCUUCUUCAAUAAAUGGAUUGUCCUCGCCUUGGACGCAGUGUUGUGCAUACUGUGGUUUGCUAGCACCAUCAGGUUGGCCGUGUUCCGAUCGAAGCUGGUCCUCUGUGGCGGCCAUGUGUGCGGCUAUAUGGGCUGGGGUACCGCUCUUGGGACUGUGGCAUUGUAA